GCCCGCGCGCUGCGCUCCCCUCAGGCGCCUCAGGGGCAGCGGCGGGGGUCGGGUGAGCGGGGCGGCCUGGCCUGCUACUGAAUAAUUCCUACAUUCGGUUAAUAUCUCUCUCUCUCUCUCUAUGUUUCACUGCCAUAUGCAGCAAAAAAAUUGAAAACUUUUCAAAAGCGGUAUCAUCAGCUGCAAUAGUUUCGAAAGUGAUACUGGGAAAGCAUCGAUGGCAAGGGGUCAAAGAGGCAUUAAAGUGAUCAUUUGGUUAUAUGGUCCAGAAAUAAAUGAAUCAUACUGAUGAAGAAACUAUGAAGAAAACCAGUGUAGUGAACCUAGAUAAACUUCUAUGUGACUUCUCAGAGAUAGAAGAGAAAAUAUCAGAAAUUAAUGAUGCAAAUAACCUACUGGUUCAUCAGCUGGAAAAAUGUAACAGAUUGCUAACAUUAAGUCAAUCAAAGGAGGAAUCAGUAAAAGAGGAAUGCAGUGCUCUACAGAAUGUGAUAAAGGGUCUGACACAAACUAUUGAAAACCAGUGUAACGUGAAAGAUGAAAAUGAUAGACUAAAGGGAACCAUUCACAUCUUGGAAGAUAAAUUAAAGACUUGUGAAGAGGACUAUAAAGAUCAAAUUGAGAAACUCAUGACAGAAAUUAAAAACAAAGAGGAAGACCACAAAUUAGAAAUAACACAGUUGAAUUGCAAUACAAGGAAAAAAUUUGAACUAAAAGAAAUGGAGUAUAGCGAAGAGAGAGAGAAAAAAGACCUGGAAAUAUUAGAGCUAACUAGACAGCUGAAAAUUCAAAAUGAAGAGAAGCAGAAUGAAAUAAUUAAACUGCAGAUAGAGUUCAAUGCUAAAUUGGCAAGAGCUCAGGAUAAAACCACCAAGUCGUUUUCAGAUGCCUCAGUCUUACCACAAAGUAUCUAUCGAAGGAAGCUGCAGCAUCUCCAGGAAGAGAAAAACAAGGAAAUUGAAAUUCUCCGAAACACCAUAAGAGACUUGGAGCAGCGUCUUAACAAAGGCCAAGACCUGCCGUUCAAACGGAGAAGAUUCUGAGUAAAUGACUUGAAGUGUUUCAGUGUUUCAAAUUCUGCAUCUCAAAAUAAAAACAAGAUAUGAAGAAAGUAUGUUUUAUUAAAAACAUUCCUGUCAAACAUUCCAAAGGCAUGCAUUCUGUGUAUAUUCACAGCUACUCUCUUGCUAAUCAGCAUUUACAAUAAAAAGAUUCAGGUUUUGUAGGAGUAGUAAUUUCCCUAUUAAACCAUCAUUAAUUAUGGUGUAUGCUUUCAUAGCAGUGUUCUUUUCAUGAAUAUUCUCUUCUUCAUCCAGAAAUCUUUCAAACAAUUGGAUUUACUUCUAUUCAGUUAAUCAAACAUUAGGAAUGCUAGGCUAUAGA